AAACGCUGCUAAAGAUACGUUUGAAAUUUUAUCGAGACGUUACGGCAUGAGGACUAGAGCUCUAGUCUUUAUGCAUUACGGAUUGCUGUUUGGUUUGGUUUAAUUACAAUCGUUGCAACGACAGGGAACUUCAUUGUCAAAUAAAACUGAAUAAAAGAAAUAUAAUUUUGAUUUUAUUAUUUAAUAACUGGGAAUAUGUCAGAAAGCGUAAUAGACCCAUGCUCCAGUUUAUGCGAAAGCAUUGGACCGAACUUCUGGACGAAACAGAGGCUGGAGACCUUCGUCAAUUGGCCGUUUCAGUCCCCCAACAGUCAGUGCAAUCCAGAACGUAUGGCUGCAGCCGGUUUUGUGGCUAUUGGUGGCAACGACGAACCCGACUUGGUGGAAUGUUUUGUGUGUAAGAAGCAGAUGGAUGGUUGGGAUCCUGAUGAUGAUCCAUGGGAUGAACAUGUAAAGCACACAACCUCUUGUCCAUACAUUAAGCUGAACAAACAAGACGAGAAACAGUGGACGGUUCGGGAAUUUUUUAAUCUCAUUAACGAAUACACCUUAAGCUGCAAAACGCAAGAGAUGAACAAUUCGAUUAUUAGUUUGAAAAAGGAAAUGGCGGCGAUGAUCGAUCGAAUACCUGUAAUUUAUAAAUCUAGCUGUUCAGGCCGUUUUUCGGCAAGUCAGAAAAAAUAGAUUGGAUUUUCUACGAUUUGAGGAGUCACGUCUGGCGCUGAAGCCGCAUCAUGGUUGCAAGAUUUUGUCUACUUUCCGAUUUAAGCUUCAACAUUGAGGGCAAUGAAUGUCAAAAUAAAACCAAUAAAAUUAAUCAGCAGGUAAAA